CUAGGGGAUGCAAUUCCUGGGGCGGAGAGCGCUUUCAGGGACAGCGUCCCCAGAAGUGAGAAAGAUGAGCGGCGCUGGUGGAUGAGGAGGCUGCGCGCCCCACUGCCUCCCCGCCCCGCGCGCGCUAGAGCGCGCUCCGCUCCGCUGGGCACCCCUGGCUGUGCUGCACCCGGCAGCCGCCGCCUCCGCCGGACCCACGCAGGUCCGCACCCUGCAGAGGCUAGCGCGCGUCUGAUUCCAGCCAGGCGGUGGGCGGCGACCCAGCCCUUUAGGACUCCUGCAGCCUCUGCGCGCGCUGGGACUUCUGGGGGGACAGGAGAGGCCCCCAGAGGCUCGGAUUUCAGCCGGCUGUUUUCUACGCCUCAGCUGCGACUCAGAGGUUCUGGAGCAACCCCUCGGUCAGCCCUCAGGAAAGCGCCUGGAGAGCGAUCACUUGGAAUCCCUGCAAAAACUGCGCGGGGAGAGCAGGCGCCGCCGGCUUGUAGUGGCGGGCAGCCCUCUCCGCGAGCUGUGCGGAGCGCUGCAUCGCGCGGACUGUGCCCGGGGAGCGCCGCGGGAAGGGAGAGGUCGCAGCAACAGGUGCAGGCGAAAGCCACUCCCGGCCCGGGGGAAGCGGCCGGCAGGGACCAGGGAGCGGUAAGGCGCAGAGGGGUCCCUCCACCUCUGCAGCUGCCCUGGCGGGUCUCUCUUCCCCGUCUUGGCGGCCACGCAGAAGGUAGCGGCGCCCGGGCAGAGGGAACCCCGCGCUCCCGGGACUGUCACCCCCUCCCGGGAAGGUACGGAUCUGGGCUCCUCGCGGGCGGCCCCGCGCAAAGACGGUGGCAGGAGGUUCAGCCGCAGGGUGCGUGCCCAUCCCGGAGCCUCAGGAUCGGAAACUCGCCCUCUGCGUGCUGGGAUCGGGACCCCCGGCGUCCUCCGGAGUCUUCCUUAGCAGGCACCGUCGCCGGCGCGCCUGGGCGCCCGCGCACCAUGGAGCUCGCGGCCGGGAACCUCAGCGAGGGGAACGCAAGCGGGCCCGAGCCCCCCGCCGCGGAGCCCAGGCCGCUCUUCGGCGUCGGCGUGGAGAACUUCGUCACGCUGGUGCUGUUCGGCCUGAUCUUCGCGUUCGGCGUGCUGGGCAACAGCCUGGUGAUCACCGUGCUGGCGCGCAGCAAGCCGGGCAAGCCGCGCAGCACCACCAACCUGUUCAUCCUCAACCUGAGCAUCGCCGACCUGGCCUACCUGCUCUUCUGUAUCCCCUUCCAGGCCACGGUGUACGCGCUGCCCACCUGGGUGCUGGGCGCCUUCAUCUGCAGGUUCAUCCACUACUUCUUCACCGUCUCCAUGCUGGUCAGCAUCUUCACCCUGGCCGCGAUGUCGGUGGACCGCUAUGUGGCCAUCGUGCACUCUCGGCGCUCCUCCUCCCUGCGGGUGUCCCGCAACGCGCUGCUGGGCCUGGGCUUCAUCUGGGCGCUGUCCAUCGCGAUGGCCUUGCCCGUGGCCUACCACCACCGCCUCUUCCACUGGGAAGUCAGCAACCAGACCUUCUGCUGGGAGCAGUGGCCCAACCAGGGCCACAAGAAGGCCUACGUGGUGUGCACGUUUGUCUUCGGUUACCUGCUGCCGCUUCUGCUCAUUUGCUUCUGCUAUGCUAAGGUCCUGAAUCACUUGCAUAAGAAGUUGAAGAACAUGUCGAAGAAGUCGGAAGCAUCAAAGAAAAAGACCGCGCAGACCGUUCUGGUGGUGGUCGUGGUUUUCGGGAUAUCCUGGCUGCCGCACCACGUCAUCAAUCUCUGGGCUGAGUUCGGGGUUUUCCCGCUGACCCCCGCCUCCUUCCUCUUCAGAAUCGCCGCCCACUGCCUGGCCUACAGCAAUUCCUCGGUGAACCCCAUCAUAUACGCUUUUCUGUCUGAGAAUUUCAGGAAGGCCUACAAGCAGGUGUUCCACUGCCACGUUCGUGGCACCUCGCCUCUUAGUGACGGUAAAGAGAACAGGAGUCGGGUGGACAACCCACCGUCCACCAACUGCACCCACGUGUGACAAGGGUGCUGGUGACGCUCGUGGGCUUCCGUGCACGUCACCAUACAGCGAUGGCGAGCAAGCGGGCAACUCCCGAUGCUCACAAUGACCCAUCCAUUUUAAUGCGAUUCCCACUUGGUUUAAAAAAAAAAAAGUGCUUUGGUCCAUUUAGGAAAUCUCUUGGUCUAGUAAAGAUUACUUCUAUAUUUUAUUUCAAAAACAAAAGAAAAUACCAACUAGUUUUAUGUCUCUACAGAAAGGAAAGUUCAACAGAGUUCCCUAGACACAUUCAAGUCUUCACAGGAUAAAGGAUCAGGACCGCUAAAUACAGGCAAUCUGCAUUAUGAACCAAAUUUAUUUAGAAAAAAACAUGUAUGUGUUUAUUCUUCGAUUUUAAGAAAAGAAGUAAUGUUCUAAGCUGCGUGUUUUAAGAUAUGAUCAUGGACACAUGAUGGAAGUUUUACCUGAAUUUAAUUUUUGUGGCCAUUUGCACAGAGACACGUCUCUUAAAUGGAAGCGAGACUUUGCCGAGUUUCUUUGCUCAGGCUGUGUUCAUUCCCACCUUUAAACAGGGAACAGGGUUUCUGGGGCCCAGUUGCAACCGCGUGUGAUCAUGAGGUCCGUUAACUAUCCCCGGAGGCCAGCAGGGCAAUACCCUGCGACUCGGGGUGGCAGCUGUGGGCACCGUCCUUUAAACUAUCCUGUGAUGUACACUUUGUAGAGUUAACCAAAAAAAAAAAAAAAAAAA